UGGAGAAACACACGUAAGUUUCUCUGUGCUGUUGCAGACGUGGAGCCGGUCACUCGCGCAGGCUGGACAUUUACCGAAGGAGUUGCUCUGUUUUCUUUAGCUUCCAUCACGAAACCAUCAUGUGAUCACAGCUGAUAUCAGCACAAACAGAUGUUACUGCGCUACGGCAUUAGUGCGGAGGAAUUCUCGGGUCACAAAACGUGACGCCAGCAUGAAGGACUGUUUAACAUCCUGGUUAACGAUUAUUUGUGGAUAUGCAAGGAGCAGGAUAUUUCAGAUUUCAUCUUUUUUUUGCCCGAUUCGAUGAAGUCGUGUUUAACUAAAUCGCAAUAAUAUUAAUGGAAUGCAAAGUUAAUAUUCUAACGAACUAAAUUUCUACCAUCAAGCGAUUUUCUUUUUCCAUCCUUGCUAAAUAUAAAUAUAUGCUAGCUAGGUUAAACAACACGUACAACAUAUUCAAUGGUGCCCUUUUUUGGGCCAAUAGGGGCAUGACCGAACAAAAAUAGACGCGAAGUGUGCAACAAAAAGUCUCCCUUUGUGUUACUCGUCACACUUUCAGAGCAAGAACUAUGAGAUAAGGUCGCUUCGUUAUCAUCGUUUAACCUGGUUCGACCACAUUAGCGACAUAUUUCAUACCAGCUGGUUAUUGUUGUGCGUCUGCAGUUAUGUCUGGCUGGUUGAAGGACGGGGUGGUGCUGGAGGGGACAGGCAGCGGUCAGAUGUCGCCCCGCUCCGGACCGAGGAGCCCUCUGCCGAGUCGCGCGGCGAGGUUACACUCGUCCUCUCCCGACUCGGACAGACAGGACAGAAUGAGCAAAGCCAAAGAGCUCUUUGAGCUGUGCGACAAAGAGGGGAAAGGAUUCAUCACGAAGAGAGACGUGCAGCGGCUUCAGCGGGAGCUUCCUCUGUCUCCUGAGCAGUUGGAGUCGGUGUUUGAGAGUUUGGACCGAGACAGGAACGGUUACCUCACACCCCUGGAGUUCCACGCGGGCCUGGGAGAGCUGGUGGGUUGUGGGCCAGAGGAGAGAGCGAGGAGUGAAGAGGGAGAGCUGGUCCGAGACGAGAGAGCCGAGCCGACGGAGAUCCGAUUCACGCACUUUCUCAUGGAGCUGGGAGCUGAUAAACUCUUCAAAGAUCAGUGGGAGCUGUCUUCUCUGUGGUGCGAGCUCCAGAGGGACAAACCCGAGCUGCUGGGUGUUUUAGAAGAGGUCCUUUCCUACACCGUGUCUCAUCUUCAGGACGCUCUCAAAGAGAGGGACAAUUUGGAGCGGGCACUGCGCAGGAGAGAGGAAGAUCACGACCGAGUGGUCCGGUCCAUGUACGAAGACAUGGAGAGUCAGCUGAAAGAAGAGAGGGACAAGCGACAAGCUCUGGACUGCAUGAAGCAAGGAAACAAGAAAGAGCAGCUGCUUCAGGAGCUGAGGACGCGAGAGCAAGAACUGGAGUUCACUCUGACCAAACAGAGAGAGUUGGAGAGCAGGAUCAACAGUCUAAGCACCGAUCAGGCCGGAGCUCGUGGGGAGAACCGCAGACUGCAGAACAUCAACCAGCAGCUGCAGGACCAACUGGACCAGAGCCGAGAAGAGCUCCAGCACGCCCUGAGCCAGCUACAACAACUACAGAACACCAUCAAACAACAGCAGAGGGGCAAAGAGAGAGACGUGCUGAAAGUGUCCCGAAACAUGCAGAAGGAGCGGGAAAGCCUCACGAGACAGCUGGAUCUUCUCCGAGACAUGAACAAGCGUCUUCGGGAUGAUAAAGAUGCCCAUCAGACGCAGAAGAUGACGGCUCAGAUGAAGAACCCUUUGCAGAGGAAGGACUCCAUACUGGGGAACUAUUUUCCUCCAAGGAAAUCGGCAAAAAGGCAGUUGAUGGAAAACCCAAAUGACGAGUCUGAGGAUCCAGACAGCUCGCUAACAGAUUCCAGUCCGAAAAGACCCUCUACGGCUGAAGAGAGAGAAGACCAAACUACCUGCCAGUCAGAGACAACCACGGUAAGCGCACUGCGUGACCCUCAGCGUGUGUUUAAGGUGGUGUUUUUGGGGAACUCUGCGGUGGGAAAGAGCUCGUUCAUCCAUCACUACUGCAGCGGCCACUUCCCCAAUAACUUGGCCUCAACUGUGGGAAUGGAUUUUCAGGUCAGGAGCGUGAUGCUUGAUUCAACACUAGUGGCUCUGCAACUGUGGGACACCGCUGGGCAGGAGAGGUUCCACAGCGUCACGCAGCAGUACUUCCGCCGGGCUGACGGAGUCAUCGCCAUGUAUGACAUCACGCACGAGGCGUCGUUCACGGCUGUCCGCCAUUGGUUGGAUCAGGUGCAGGAAAAGAUGGCUGAGGGGGUGUGUCUAAUGUUGCUAGGCAAUAAGACAGACCUGGUGACCGCGGGCAGAAGGGAGGUGACAAGAGCACAGGGCCGCAGGCUGGCCGAGCAGUACCAGGCUGAGUUCUAUGAAUGCAGUGCUAAGAGUGGACAGCAGGUGGAGGAGGCCAUGACCCACCUGAGCAGGUUACUUGCCUCGCAGGAGGACAAACAGUGCGAGUCUGUGCGUCUGGACGUCUCUGCCAACAGAGGGCGCUGCUGCAAAUAAAUUGAACGCCGCUUCUCGGUGCUUUGUGUCACUACGUGGCGCGCACGCGCUGCGCGCUCCCUAGGAUACGCGAGCCCCCUGACGCGCGUUCAGGAGAGCAGUGCCCACAACAAACGCGGACAGAAGGGCACGGGCUCCUGAA